CUUACUCCAGCCUUAAAACUUAUCUUUUACAAAUAUACUACACACGCGCAUUCGCAACAUACAGAGCCCUAGCCUAUCAUAAUCUAGCACCGAGCUAAUUUAGCUUCAGCUAAAGUAAAAUUCUGCUUUUUAUAAUCUUUGGAUAAUGCAAAAAAAAAUCUUGCGUCUAGCAAAAAAUCAACCUUAUAAAUUGUUUAAUAAUUUGGUCCUUUUUAAGAAAAAACAAGAAGCAAUACAUGGGAAAUGAAUCAUUUGUUUUUAUUUCUGGCAAAGCUUUGAUGCCUAAACAUUUUUAUACGGUACUUUGCAAUUUCCCUCUCCCGCCUACCUUCCUACAAAAAAAACCUUAAUUGCAUUUUCUGAGUUACUAGUUUAUAAAUAAGUUUUAUACUAUAUUUAUACAAUGCACCGAGUGAUGAGAAUAUAGUUUUAAGAGAAAUACAUGUUAGAUAGAAAAGACAAUUUCCCCUUUAUACUUCAACUAGUUUGAUUUAAUCUUCUUCCUUAUUGUUUACUCAAUUCUAUACUUUUUAUUUAGGUCGAUCUAACUCAACAAUUGAACCAGACAACAUAGGCUAAAUAGUUAUCGAUUUAGCAAACACUCAUAUAAAUAUUAAGACCCCUGUUUUACAUGAUAAGAAUUAAUUUAUGAAUAAUUUACACAUUUCAUUUAUAAGCAUAAAUAAUUAUUAUGUUUAUAAACACAGCUUAAAAUUUUCAAUACAUCCUGACUACGUGACAAAAUUUUCAAAACUUUAUCAUCUCGUAAAUGUCUAAGACUAAAAAAACAUUGGGCUGUGAAGUUGACAAUGAUGUUAGUUCUAAUUUCUACUAUGGAUUGGAUAAACCUACGCUCCCUCUAAAGAAAUCGGUAUUUCCACUAGAAUUGUCUCGAACCUCUUUCUUAAAACCCAAUUCUGCGAGCGUAUCCUGUGUAGAUGCACUGGAGGUUGAAUUGUGGAAGUGGCUUAACAAUGAACCUAAAGAAGCGGAUUUAAAUUUUCUCAUUGAGUUGAUUGGGAAUGAUUAUAUACAUGAUCAAGAGGCGUCUUUAGAUAUGUAUACAGUAGCAGCUUUCAUUAGUGAUCAUGAGAAUAGGAUUCUAAUGACAAUGGACGAAGAACGUCAGGAGACAUGGACAAUUCCCGAGGAUAAAGUAGAAGAUAGAGAAACUUUAGUACAAGCCAUAAAGAGGAUUGUUCUGGAAUUAACAGGACUUAAAUUUGAACCAGAAACAUUAAUUAGCGUAGAAAAUAAAAAAAGACUCUCCUUAAAGUUCAUAUUCGCUGGCAAAAUAAUUGGUGGUGAAAUAAAAACAAAAAUUAAGGAUAAGAGAGUAAUUGAAUGUUCAAAAUUUUUCGACUUUAAAGAAAUUCAUAUGAGUGUAAAAUUGAAAAGUUUAGAUAUUUUACCAAUUAUGGAAAUUGGUUAUAAAUAUACUGUAAGUGAUAUGAUACCAAGAAAUUCAUUGCCAGUUUUAAACGGAUAUGCUCGAAUAUAUAUCCGUGCGAUAUUCAUUAGGGAUGAUCCAGAACUUAAAGUUCUAUUUUACGAAUCCUGUAAGAAUAAACAGGUCUGUCAUGGACUUCCGGUUGUUGAACUUUAUGCUUCCGAUACUUGUAUAGUUGUUCCUUUAUUGAGAAUACUAUUACUAGCUUUUGGAUUUGUCAGAGAGCCUAAAGUCAAUGGAAUAGUGUCAAUUGAACAUAAUGCUAAUGCUCAUCCAAAGGAGAAAAACGAUGGACUUUGUCUUACAAUUUUAUCUGAGCCAGACCCACUUACGAUAGGUCAAAUAAAAGAGCCUUUUUCAUGGAAAAUAAUUAAAAGCGAAUUUUUAAGGAAUGAAAUAAAGUAUAGGUCUAAAACAUUUGGAUCUGUUCUAUUUUAUAAGAGCUAAUUAACUAAUGAAGAUUUAGCAUUUGAUCUUUCACACCUACUGUAUAAUAAAGUUUAAUAUCGUAUACUUAUGUAAUCUAAUUAUCUUUUUAUUCUAUUAGCCACUGCAUACAUAAAUAUUUGCAAUAUAAAUAAUCAUUAUGGG